GAUCAAACAAUGGCUCAGCAAGAGCUGUUCCAUUUGGAAUCUUCAAGGCCUGAAUGGUGGUAGAUCCUCCUGAAGUUGUUCCCUUUCCAAAACAAGGUUAACUCUGUGAAGUCUUGGUGCAAACAUUGCAAAGAUGGCUGUGAUGAAAGUCAAGUUCAGCCAGAAGAAAAGAGUAAAACUAGCACAAGGACUAUGGCUCAUGAACUGGUUUUCGGCAUUUGCAGGGAUAAUUGUUUUCUCUAUGGGAUUGUUCCUGAAAAUUGAGCUCAGGAAGCGAAGUGAAGUGAUGGACAAUUCUGAAAGCCACUUCGUGCCGAAUUCCUUGAUAUUGGUGGGUCUCCUUGCCUGUGUAUCCAAUGCUCUUGCAGGCAAGAUCUGUUAUGAUUCCCUGGAUCCUGCUAAAUUUGCAAAGUGGAAGCCUAUGCUGAAAUUUUACCUAGUGUCAUGUAUAUUUUUUAAUGUCUUCAUUUUUUUUGUGGCCCUAAUUUGCUUUCUGAUGAGGGGUUCUCUGGAGAGUACACUAGCAGAUGGGCUAAAAAAUUGUAUGAAGUUCUAUCGAGAUACAGAUACUCCAGGAAGGUGCUUCAUGAAGAAGAUAAUUGACAUGCUCCAGAUUGAGUUCAAAUGCUGUGGAAAUAAUGGUUUUAGAGACUGGUUUGAGAUUCAAUGGAUCAGCAACAAAUACUUGGACUUCGGCUGUAAGGAAGUGAAAGAUCGUAUUAAAAGCAAUGUGGAUGGCAGAUACUUGGUGGAUGGUGUCCCCUUCAGCUGCUGCAAUCCAAGUUCCCCACGACCGUGCAUCCAGUACCAAGUCUCUAAUAACUCAGCUCACUACAGCUAUGACUAUCAAACAGAAGAACUCAAUCUAUGGAACCGUGGCUGCAGGGAAGCUCUGCUUAAAUACUACAGCAGUAUGAUGAGCUCUAUGGGAAUUGUCGUCCUCUUUGUCUGGCUUUUUGAGAUGUCGGUGAUGAUAGGGUUGCGGCUGUUGCACACUUCACUGGAGAGCAUCACCAAUCCAGAAGAUCCAGAAUGUGAGAGUGAAGGGUGGGUGUUGGAGAAGAGCCUGAAAGACACUUUCAAAUCUACCCUGGAAAAUUUGAAAAAUAUUGGUAAGUUGAACCAAGUGGACGCAGGUACCGAAGGCGCAGAAGGUGACGGUGCACAAAGCCAAGCUAUCUCAACUGUCAGUUGA